GGUGGCGUGGGUGGCGACAUGUGGCAGCGGGGCGUGAGGCGGCGGGGGCGGGAGUUGCCGCUCCGGGGCCCAGUGCUGUCCUCUCGUGACGUAAGAGCCAGUGUCAGGACCACCCCAUGUGUGAACACCGCCAGCCAAAAUGCUCGUCAAAGAAUUUCGAGUCAUCCUGCCACUCACAGUAGAGGAGGUAUGUGUUAUAUCCAGACUGGUGACUGUCCUUAUGCAUGGCUGCUUACCUUCCACCCUAAACUGUAUCAAGUGGCUCAGCUGUAUAGUGUAGCCGAGGCAAGUAAAAAUGAAACUGGAGGCGGGGAAGGAGUCGAGGUUCUUAAAAAUGAACCUUUUGAUAACCAUCCACUAUUAGGCAAUAGGUUCAGUAGUGGUCAGUACACCUACAAAAUUUAUCAUCUUAAAAGUAAAGUACCAGCAUUUAUUAGACUUUUAGCACCUGAGGGAUCGUUAGAGGUCCACGAAGAAGCUUGGAAUGCCUAUCCAUACUGUAGGACUAUUAUCUCGAAUCCAGGCUAUAUGAAGGAAGGAUUUUACAUCUCAAUAGAAACCCUUCAUGCCCCAGGAGAUGGUGAUAUGGAGAACAAUCCUGGCUAUAUGAAGAAAAACUUUAUCAUUAGCAUUGAGACACUUCAUGUUGCUGACAUGGGAACCAUGGAGAAUGCGCAUGAACUAUCAGGGGAGAAGCUGAAGAUACGAGAGGUAGUACCCAUUGACAUUUCUAACGAUGCAGUGAAGACUGCAGACUAUAAACCCGAUGAAGACCCAACUAAGUUCAAAUCUGUAAAGACUGGUCGAGGACCUCUACAAGGUCCCGAGUGGUGGAAGAAGUGUGAUCCUGUGAUGACAUGCUACAAGCUUGUAACAUGCGAGUUCAAAUGGUUUGGUCUACAAACACGUGUUGAGAAGUUCAUUCAAGAUAUUGAACGUAGACUCUUCACAAAUUUCCAUAGGCAAGUAUUUUGCUGGAUGGACCGAUGGCAUGGAAUGACCAUGGAAGACAUUCGCAGAUUAGAAGAUAAAACUAAGCAAGAACUUGAUAAACAAAGAAAAGUGGGUGAAGUACGAGGUACAAGGAGCGAAUAAUUUCUUACAAUGUCACCAAGAUAUUAACCUUCAAGCCCAUCUGAUGCUCCUCAAUUGAUAAUAAGUGUUGGUAAUUCAGUGUGAAGUUUGGUGCAUCUAAGCUGGCAUCUGCUUGAAUGAAGCCUAUUUGGCACAUUUAAGUUGACUUUGGCUUGAUAACUAAUUCACAACAUUUUAAUCAUAUUUAGAAAGAUUUUAGGGUGUACAUUCAGUAGCAGGACAAUAAUGUUCAUAUAGCAAUAUGAAGAUAAUCGCUUGCAGUGUUAGUGAGAAAAUUAGAAAAUAUCUUACAUUUACAGUUAGGGCAAUGCUCUUACUUCAAAACAGAUUUUAGGGAACAUUAGGAUAAAUACUGAUCAUGUUAGGUUCACAUUUACUAGGUCAUGAAAAUACCAUCAUUGUAGAAUUAGAAGAGUAUAGCAAGUGGCCUCUCUUGCAUGCUUAGAUACUUGAUCAUGUAGCAUCUCACAAGUCUGUUAAAAUACUCUCGUAGCUCAUCACUGAUAAUUGACAAGGGACUCGUUAACAAUAUUUUUUGACGCAGUCAAAUAGAGGUUUGAUUCCUCUAGUUUUAUAGUAUAUGAGUACCAAGCAGAGAAGACAAAAGUUUCUUGUACAAAUGUGUGAAUUUAGUAUUUUAGUAGUAAGUCAAAUAAGCACUGUAAUGUUUUAAUAUCCUAAAAAUGUAUACAAUAUCUUGCAGUUGUACCAACACACUAAACAAAAUGGAUACCUAAUUAUUCUGGUGUUUACAAGUAUUGAAGUGCUAAUUUAAAUAUGUAUUUUAAAUCUAAUAGAGCAUUACAAGUGUGAAUGGCAUUUUUUUUUUCAUACAUUAAACAGCAUGGUGAAAAGUAAGAUUAAAAUGUUGCUGUGUAUUGUUCAUUUGUAAUGUUCCUGAGUAGAUGUAAUUUGUUGAAACUAAAAUGAGAUGGAGAAACUAGAAUGUUCUUAUUGAAGUAUUGGUUUCGGAAUUUAUGGCGAUGAUUCUGAUGCCAUUGUCAAUUGUCCUCCCUAUUAUCAGGUAUGAUGUUUGUGUAACUAAUGCUUUAUGUGAUAGGUCAGUCAUAUGGUAUUAAGCAAGACAGUCAUGUUCUGGUGUGCAGACCUUCAGGAUUCUCUACGUUGCUGAUUGUUGUACUGAAUAUUGAAGGGAGGCACAAGUUUAUAGAAAGUCAGUCAUUAGAUCCUAGAUCACCACAGUAGAAGUUGAGUAGUUAACCUAGUAUUCUUUGUUUUUAAAGAUAACAUUUUGUAGAGAUGUGCCAUGUCUUAGCAAAUUGCUGAAAAUUUAAAAAAAUGACAGUGCAGUAAGACCCUCGAUUAUCAACCAGCCUCUUCUUGAUAUAAGACAUUCAUAAAUAAUCUACCAAUCUCAUUCUGCUUUCAAUUAGCUAGUUGGGAAUAGAGUAUGAUUAAUAAGUGAAGAUUGAUCUGAUAUGACAUUUUUUGAGAGGCAUCACUUGGCCAAUUGUCAAAAGAUGUGCAGAACUCUUGCACAUUGUUUGUAAAUUGCUUUGACAUUCCUUAGAAUGUCAAAUGUAGGAUAACAAACUUGCAAGUGAAGUCAGCCUUUUACUUGUACUGUUGUGUUUGCAGAAAAUGUCAUGUUAGAUGUCAUUGUUAAACUAAACAAGAUACAGUUCCAAGGAAUGCAUGGAAAAUAGUUGAGCUUGAAGUGUUUGCUUUCCUCAAUUGUUUGGUCUGGCAGAAAUUGUGAAAUUAAAUAAAAAUUCAAAAGUAUAUUGAUUUUGAGUUUGUUGAUAUAAAUUUAACUGCUUCAAAGUUUAAUAUUAAUGCAGUUUUCUCCAUAGUUUUUAGCAAUGGCUGCAAAAGCAGGUUUUAAUAGAUGGAUAUUUAAAUAUGAUAAAUGAACACAAGUAUGUAUUGUUAAAGUGAAAUAUAUAUAUGAAAGAACAAAUGCUGAUUGUUAGCAAUAUACUGAAAUUGUAUUAUCAAUUCAGAAUUAUUAUUAUAUGCAAAGUUCUUAAUGUCUUGUCAGAAAGAUAUUUUGAGCCAUUUGGUAUUGUAUGUUACAAUUGGUUAAAAAUGGUUUAACUAUAGCUGGGGAGGGAAGUCACUUAUGCUGUUUGUAGUAAAAUUGUCUCCUAUUUUUGUAGAGAAUUUGAUAUUUAUUUACCUUUUAUGGAUUCUGCAUUUCAGUUAUGUUGCUGGUCCAUAUGUUGUAAUGCAGAUUUGAAAAGACUUUAAACUGUCAUGAAUUUUUUAGUAUCUCCAUAAGUCAUGCUUAGUAGAUUAUGGAAAAUAUUGUAAUAUAACACUGCUGAAGAAAUAAUUAAACUACUGAAUGUCUUAUUGAUAAUGCGCUCAUCUUCCUUGUUUCUCUAGCAAGUGAAAUCAUUCCAUGCUGUUAUAUUCUACACUGGCAAAACUGGCUCAAAGUGUUGAAGCAAUGUUGCUUCAUGUGGAGCAAGUGGCACCCUCCUGGGCAAGACAUAGUAAGAUAAUUUGGUAACUUGAUAAAUAAUCCAAAUCAUAUUCCAGCAAGAUGCUGCCAAUUCUCUCUCGUUUUAUUUAAAUUCCAAAUUUAAUGAAGCUUUUGAGAACUGUGCCAUGAUGCCCCACUGUUACUAACUUAAUAUCUCAUGCUUGUCUUUUUCUCUCUACUUUCCUAGUGCCCUCAUUCUCAUUUCCUCCCCAUGUUCCCUCAGUAGAAUCAUUCUAAUAAUUUUUGUUUAUAUAUAACCAAUACGUAUUAGUGAUUAAUAAAAGUGGCAGCUUUUGUGUGAAGAUUGACAGGUUGUUAAACAGCUAAGGGUAAAGUUUGUUCAAUAAGUACACGGUUAAAUAUUAAGGAACAUUAAUCUCUUCAAAAUAUAUUUUCCAACAUUAAUCUUUGAGCACUGUGGCUGGACCCUGAUCCUUGCUCUACCCAAUUCCAUUUUCAAUUUAAAAUUUGUUGGUGGCAGAGGUAUUCAAAUGUGAUUUUCAUAAAAAAAUUUUAAUUUCUGCAAUUUAAACUCAAUGAGCUUCGUGAUUGUUACUAAUAUUGUAUUUUAUAUUUCUUAAAUUGAAAAUAUCUCGGUUGACAAUAAUUCUUAUUCAAGGUGUACCUAGCAGCCCUUCAGGGAAGUAAUGUACAUCAUAUUUCUUAUUUUUACUGGUAGUAUUGGGCUUUUUUAUAAUUAUGUCCAAUGUUUCAUUCUUUUAUCCUAUAAAUUUUUCAUGGCUAUUUAUUUCUUUGUUCCUGACAUUACCUCUAAACCUUAACUGAUCUGACAAUGUAUAAAAUGUUUGUGAGUGUAAAACAUAGCUAUCAAAACUCCUAGUGAAUUAGGGAUGAAACCUGAUGAUCUAUAGUCAAAAUAUAAUUUGUUCAGAGC